AAGUAGCCACGCGAUGGAGGCCAUGCUCAUCGGUGCCAUUCGUGGUAGAUCGCGAGUCGCGCUCGUCUCGUGAGAGCUAGCGAGGGCCGGGGUGCAUUCCAUUUCCAUAUGGCUUCCUCCAGGAUCCCACUCCUGUGCCUCCUUGGCUUGCUGCUAGUAGCUUCUCCCGCAAUUGCUGAUGACUCCUCCGGUAUCUACUACCAGCUUGCUCUUCUGUGGCCAGGAGCAUACUGCGAGCAGACCAACGCUGGAUGCUGCAAGCCGACGACCGGCGUCUCGCCGGCGCGCGACUUCUACAUAACGGGCCUCACCGUCUACAACGCGACCACCAACGCUGCACUGACGGAAUGCAGCAAUCAAGCUCCUUACAACCCUAACCUGAUUACCGGCAUCGGCCUGGAGCAGUACUGGAUCAACAUCAAGUGCCCCGCCAACAACGGCCAGAGAAGCUGGAAGAACGCCUGGAAGAAGGCCGGCGCCUGCUCCGGCCUCGACGAGAAAGCCUACUUCGAGAAGGCCCUCUCCUUCCGUAGCAAGAUCAACCCCCUCGUUCGCCUAAAACAAAAUGGUAUCGAGGAUGACUUCGAGCUCUACGGGUUGAAGGCGAUCAAGAAGGUGUUCAAGAGCGGGAUCAACGCGGAGCCGGUGAUCCAGUGCAGCAAGGGGCCCUUCGACAAGUACAUGCUGUACCAGCUCUACUUCUGCGCGAACGGCAACGGGACGUUCAUCGACUGCCCCGCGCCGGCCAAGUACACCUGCUCCAAUUCCGUCCUCUUCCACCCCUACAAGAAGUGGAUGCUCAAGCAGCAGCUCAGCGACGAGUCCGCCGACUUCUACGAUUCAGCCGACCCUUUCGUGCUGCCUGGCCUCGCCAUGGACAACUGAUCUCUGAUGCGAUCGUCGAUCCCUCUGCAUUUUCGUGAGUUUGCGUUUCGUCGUUGCCGGAUCGAGCCACCGCCCGCCGACGAUCCAUCAUCCAUGAUCUACCUAGCUCGUCUUUAAUUUCGUCAGUUUUUGCGUGCGUUCAGUGACGUGCGUAUGGAAUAAUAAUGUUUUCUGCCUUGAUCCUCACUCGCUCGAUCUGGGCAAUGCACGGUGAUGCCCAGCGAAUAAGUGUGGCGGCUUUGUUUAUUCGACCUUUUUUCCACCUGUAUAUUAAGGAAAUAAACCUUGAGAGCUACCCGGUGGCCUUUCCAAUCGUCUAUUCUAUUUCUAUUUCCUAA